GUAGUGAGGAUGAAAAUAGGACAUGAUGCGAGGAAUUCCCAAACCCAAGACUUUAAAGCAAUGUAUGCAUGGUUCGACUUCCAGUCCCAAGAACCGUUAACAGCAAUUCAAAACUCCUGUCCAAAAAGAACCAUUGCCUCUCUCUACUGAAACUCUCAUCUUCAGUCAAACAUGUCUCUCAAAUCCAUGCACAGAUCCUAGUCUCUGGUCUUCAACAAGACACCAAUCUUUUAACUGAACUCAUAAGAUUCUGUUCCUUAUCUCCCUCUAAACACCUCAGUUAUGCCCACUCCCUUCUAUACAAUUCACUUGACUCACUGCCUCCUUCUUGGAAUUUCCUCAUUAGAGGCUACGCCUCCGGUGUUGCACCGAAAAAUGCCAUACGGGUGUUUCAUAGAAUGCGAAAAGAAGGAGUUGGACCCAAUAACUUUACCUUCCCUUUUGUUUUGAAGGCAUGUGCUGCUUGCUUGGCACUUGAAGAAGGGAAACAAGUACAUGCGGAUAUUUUUAAGUUUGGUUUAGAUUGCGAUGUUUAUGUUAACAACAAUUUGGUUCACUUAUAUGGGUCCUGUAAGAGGGUUUGGGAUGCAUGUAAAGUGUUUGAUGAAAUGCCUGUAAGGAGUAUUGUUUCGUGGAAUUCGGUGAUUACUGCUUGUGUUCAGAAUUUAUGGUUAGGGGAUGCAAUUUGGAAUUUUGUUAAAAUGAAGGACUUUGGGUUUGAGCCUAAUGAGACGACAAUGGUGAUUAUGCUUUCCCUCUGCGCACAAAUAGGGAACUUGAGCUUAGGGAGAUGGAUUCAUUCUCAAGUGAUUGAAAGGGGGAUGAUAUUGAAUUGUCAAUUGGGCACUGCCAUUGUUGACAUGUAUGCAAAAAGCGGAGAUCUUGGUUACGCUAAGCUAGUUUUCGAUAGAAUGGAGAAGAAGAAUGUUUGGACUUGGAGUGCAAUGAUUUUGGGACUAGCUCAACAUGGAUUUGGAAAAGAAGGGCUUGAGCUUUUUCUCAAGAUGAAAGAGAGUGUUUCUAUUUGCCCAAAUUAUGUCACAUUCCUAGGGGUUCUCUGUGCUUGCAGUCAUGCUGGUUUGGUUGAUGAGGGGUUUCGGUACUUUUAUGAAAUGGAACACAGGCAUGGAAUUAGACCAAUGGUCAUACAUUAUGGUGCCAUGGUUGAUAUCCUGGGUCGUGCUGGGAAUCUUGAAGAGGCUUAUAACUUUUUAAUGGACGUACCUUUCCAGCCUGACCCAAUUUUGUGGAGGACAUUGCUCAGUGCAUGCAGUAUUCACAAUGCUAAUGUCAGUGAUGGCUUAGUAGAUAAGGUAAGAAAGAAGUUGCUUGAACUAGAGCCCAGGAGGAGUGAGAACUUUGUGAUAAUUGCAAACAUGUAUGCUGAUGCUGGGAUGUGGGAGACGGCAACAAAUGUGCGGAGGACUAUGAGAGAUGGUGGUUUGAAGAAGAUAGGUGGCGAGAGUUGCAUUGUUUUAGAGGGUUCAAUCCGUCAGUUCUUUUCUGGCUGUUCAAAAGAUGAUCAUGGAAGUAUCGAACUGCUUCUAGAUGGACUGAACUUGAACAUGAAAAUGGUAAACUCCCUGUAAUCAGUAUUGCUUGUCAUGUCAUUUAUUCCAUUAGAUGAUUUUGCGACCUUGACUAGUACUUGCAUAUGAAAUUUCCAUUCAUCAUUA